AUGUCGCACGUCCUAGAACCGCUAGACGCACCCUCAUCCUACCGCGACUCGCGGGCGCGCGAAAACAGGCAGGAGCAGCAGCGCGCGCUCCAGUCGACGGCGACGCUGUACCUGGGCAACCUCAGCUUCUACACGACCGAGGAGCAGAUCUACGAGCUCUUUUCGCGCGUCGCCAACCUCGGCAGCGGCGGCGGCAUCAAGCGCAUCAUCAUGGGCCUCGAUCGGAAUACAAAGACGCCCUGCGGCUUCGCAUUCGUCGAGUUCUACACGCACGCCGAAGCCGUCGACUGCAUGCGCUACAUUUCGGGGACCAAGCUCGACGAGCGCGUCAUCCGGUGCGACCUGGAUCCGGGCUACAAGGAUGGGCGCCAGUACGGGCGUGGCAAGAGUGGCGGGCAAGUGCGCGACGAGUACCGCCAGGAGUACGACGCCGGGCGCGGCGGCUGGGGCCACAACCGGCUGCGCGAGGAGGAGGAGCGGAAACGCAUCGAGGCAGAGGAAAAGGAGCGCACGCGCCGCGAGGCCCGCGAGGACCUCUACCGCGAGACCGAGGCCGGCGCCAGCGGCGGAGGCGGCGGACUCGUUCCCGAAGGCGCAGAGGGGCAGUACGACGAGACCGAGGGGAGGAGCAGAGGCUUGGACGGUGCUGCAUCUACCGAAGCCGAUGGCGGAGGUGGCGGCGACGAGGCGGCGGCGACGCAGCAGGGAGCGAAGAGGGCCAGAAGCCAGGACGACGAGGACCUCGAGCAGAGCCACAAGAACCCACGCUUCCGCGGCGAAGAGAGGGACGAGGAAGAGUAG